UGACGAGGGCAACCAAUCAUACAGACAGGGCCAGGCUUGAAGAAAACAAGAAAACACACACACCACUAUUUACCUGGAAACGUUGGAAUAGAUUCAUAGGCAGGCUGAAGCGGAUCAAACUCUGACUCCACUUUUGUCAACGAGUAGAGCUUAUUGAGUUUGUACUCAUCCUCCAUCAUCAUCAUCUUCAUCAUCAUCAUCUUUAUAAUGAGCACUAAGUGGUCAUUCCUGCUAUUGCUGGCUGUGGUCCUCGCUCUCACAGGCCGAACUCAAAGCUUCAAACCACUCUUUGCAUCUGAGAAUUCCAUCUCUCACCGCAGCAUUACAAUAAGGGCAGUUCUCCGAAAGACAGCCGAGGUCUGCCAAGACAUUGCUGCUGCAGAGGGACGGGACUUCGGUUUGACUAUUGAUGACGGUCUAACGAUUGAACGAGUACACCAGGAGUGCUCCUCCUCCUCAGACAUUUCAUCCUCACGACUGUCCAGUUUCUUGUUCCAUGCAUUCAUUGCCGAUAUGUACUUAAGCAAUGCACAUGUUGAUUUAAAUUUUCCAUUAAGUGCAGAGCACCAUUUUGAUGACGAGGGCUUCCAGGGAGGACGAGACAUAAUCACACUAGGUGUGUCUGCUGUGAAGUCCAAUGUGAAAAUGGAGAACUUCAUCAUAGGGCGUUUGAAUCUUGGAGCCCUAUUGCACACUCUGCAAGACUUCUACAGCCACAGCAACUGGGUGGAGUUGGGGAACACGGCUCCUUACAAUGUUUUGAUCACACCUAACCAACCCCUUGAGAAUCUGGCAGGCACGGAUAUUCCCACCUGUAGAAACUGUGAUGAAGAGAUCUGUGAUGACAAUAUUUUGCCUAAUGUGCUGGAGGAUAGGUUACUCACCUCAGGCUACUUCAACCUCUUCUUCUCAGAAAAGCCGGACGGUAAAUGCAGCCAUGGAGGUACUGCAGACCGGACGAGCAGAAAAGACCCAAUGGGGGGCAUCAAUAAGGACGAUAUUGAAUCCAGUCAUGGCUCACUUCACAAUCAAGCAGCCAAUUUGGCUGUGACUGCUACUAUGGAGCUUCUGGAGGACAUCAGAUUAGCUGGAGGAGACAAGAACUUCCUAAGACUGAUGGGCCUCUCCCAAUCCUCUGUGCUGUGUUAUGUCAUCGACACCACAGGCAGUAUGGCUGACGACAUAGAAGAAGCCAAGAGAGUUGCUUUUGAAAUCAUCGACCGCAGGAGGGGAACAACACGGGAGCCGCCGGGCUACAUAUUGGUUCCUUUUAAUGAUCCAGCUGUUGGACCUGUACUUGUAACGACCGAUGCAGACACAUUCAAAGAAAGGAUCAACGAACUGACUGCCUUCGGAGGAGGUGACAACCCAGAGAUGAGCUUGUCUGGACUACAGCUUGCCCUUAUCACGGCUCCACCCUCAUCUGAGAUAUUUGUCUUCACUGAUGCGCCAGCAAAAGAUGCACACUUGAAAAGCACCAUCACUGCCCUUAUUGAGAGCAUGAAGUCUGUGGUAACAUUCCUGCUGACAGACGUCCUGUCCAGUCGCCGUAAAAGACGCCGUCAAGGUGAGAUGUCUCGAGUCCGUCGAGUGGUUAGCCAAGCAGAUGCUCAGCUGUACCGUGACCUUGCAAGGGCAUCAGGAGGUCAGACCAUUGAAGUCAGCAAGCUGGAUCUUGCUCUGGCUACAAGUGUUAUAGAAGAUUCCUCAGAUAGCGCAACGGUGACAAUUUUUCAAGAAGUGAGCAGUGAACCUGAAAAUUUCCUAUUUACCAUUGACAGCUCACUAAGGAACAUAAUUAUCUCAAUCACGGGAAAUUCAGCUCUCACCUUUAAUCUCACCAGCUCCACAGGUGUAUCUCAAAACUCCAGUGAGUCCAGCGGCCCUCUGGCAUCUUUGAGCUUGGCAGGUAACCUACGACGAUUGAGGCUCAACAAUAACAGUGAAACAGGAUUGUGGGAAAUCAGUAUAGACUCUGAUGACCCCUACUCAGUUAAGGUCACAGGUCAAAGUCCAUUGAACUUCAUCUACAACCUUGUGGAAGCCCAUGAAGGACUCCAUGCAGACUUCUUUCUGAAGCAAGGACGUCCUCUUUCAGGGGGAAAUGCCACCAUCUUGGUCACAGUGACAGGAACUGACAUUGUUAAUCUAACAGAGGUCACGCUGUACGACAACUCAGGCCCAACAGAUGUCAAUGGAACUUUACAGUCAUCAGGAGCAACUGACUUCCUGGUGACAUUCAAUGAGAUUCCAGCUGGUGAUUUUGUGGUUCGAUUGAAAGGAGGAGACAGCAACUCAUCAUCACGGUCAACUUCAAGCAGGUUCCAGAGACAGGCCUCCACUCGGAUUAUGACUUCUAACAUCUCUGUGGUUGCUCAAGUCAACACCACCAACAUAGAACCUGGCUCUACGAUCUUUAUUCCUUUCACUGUCACCAUAACGACUGGAGGAGUCACUAACGAGAAUGCAACUGGGACAUUCACAGUGCGCGCUACCAACGACCGCAGCUUUAAUUUUUCGUCGCCCGGGUCCGUCACCAUAGAAGCAGACAGCGGAGGGAAAGCCAACGACACUGUGAGCCUAACCGUUCCUGAAAGUGCGCCAUCGGGAACUGACGUGACACUUACGAUUGAGGCGGAAAAUGCAGCUGCAACUGAAAUCAACUUUGUUGUGCUUAGGUUUUCAGUUGCUGCUAAGGUGACUGACGUUACCGGACCAGUGUGCCAGGUGGUCCGUACAUUUGGCAACUGCUCAUUCAAUUCAGCACGUUGUGACUCCUCCCAGUGGGUGUUUGUUGUCGAAGUGACCGACAGAGUUGAUGGGACAGGAAUUGACAGCAUCACCGUCCGUGAAGGGAACGGCACCCUCAACACGAGCAUAAUGGUUGGAGAAGGGGGCGAGGAAAUCACCGAGGCAUUCUACCAGGCCUCCUGCUGUGCAGACAGAGUGGAGCUGUCUGUUGUAGACAACGUGGGGAAUGUGGCCAUUUGUGUGGGCCAGGUGACGGAUGUUCUCCCUCCAGUGUGCCAGGAAGUCAGCAGAGCCACCAACUGUCCAUCCUCUUCGUCACUCUGUGACUCCUUUCAGUGGGAGUUUGUGGUCAAUGUGACUGAUGACAUCAAUGGAGUGGGUAUCGACAACAUCACCAUCCAUGAAGGGAACGGCACCCUCAACACAACCACAGUGGUCGGGCCAAGUGGCGAGAACACCAUCGUGGCCUCCUUUCGGGCCUCCUGCUGUGCAAACAGAGUGGAGCUGUCUGCUGUGGACAAAGCGGGAAAUGAGGUCAUUUGCGUAGGCCAGGCCAGAGAGUCUACCACGGUCGCACCUGUGACGACAGCGAAUGUGACCAACGAAGAAACAAACACUGGAGGGCAAAUGUUUAGCACAUCCCAUUGUCUCUGGAUAACUGUUGUGUCAUUCCCACUUUGGAGAUGAAAGGGAUGUAGGGGAUUACAGUGUUCCCCCACUAUUUGUGCUGAAUAGGGACAGAAUCCUGCAGCAACUACCGUAUUUUCACGACCAUAGGGCGCACCGUAUUAAAAGGCGCAGUCUCAGUUACGGGGUCUAUUUCUGUAUUUAACACAUACAUAAGGCGCACUGUAUCAUUGGGUGCAGGCAUGAACAUAGGCUAGUCUUAAAAUAUACCCUAGCAUGCAUGCACACUAAAACAAUGUUUUUAGAAAGGCAGCGGGAGCAAACCUGAGUUCGGUUGUACUUUAUUGAAGUAUUUAAAAAUGUACUCACAUUAUUUGUUGAUCAAUCCUCAUCCACAAAUCCAUCAAAGUCCUCAUCUUCUGUAUCCGAAAUGAACAGCUGGGAAAGUUCUCAAUCAAACACGCCAGGUUCCCUCUCGUACUCGUCUGAGUCAGUCUCGUUGUCGUACGGCUCCUCAGAAAUGAUGCUGGCUUUUACGAAAGCUCGAACAACAGUGCAAGCAGACACGUUAGCCCAAGCAUCCACAAUCCAUUCACAAAUGGCGCCGUUUCAUAAAACGAAAGCACCAAGACGGACCUCCUUGAAAAUGUUCAAUUUUUAUUUCUUCUGCAAGCUUUAUUGCCCUGAGUCGAAUGGUGACUGUAGAGACGCUUCUCCCGGCUGUUCUUUGCUCAUUAAUCCAUUGCUCGAGUUGGUCUUCCAACUCGGGCCACCUCGCCUUGUUUCCGCGGAAACGGAGCUUCGUCUUCUUGACUUGGCGAAGCUGGUUUUCCUGCUUCCUCCACUUGCGAACCAUGGAUUCGUUGAUCUUGAAUUAUCUCGCGGCUCCUCGAUUCCCAUGUUCCUCCGCAUAACUGAUAGCUUACAGUUUAAACUGUGCUUCGUAAGCGUGUCUCUUCGUAGGUGCCAUUUCGAGGGUCCUUAGCCAAACCGAUGUUGUUUUGCACAAUGCACAUACCGGCGCUAUAUACCUACUGGGGGCGUGCCUUUCGCGUCCUCUGUCACGUCCACCUUUCCUCUAUAUAAGCAGUGUGUCGGCAGGAAAUGCUGCCAGUCAGUCAAGCGGUCAAAAAAGUCAAAAAGUCAAGCGGAGCGCUCAUCACACAACAACAUUUAUAGAUGUUGGAACCCGGUGCACACAUAAGGCGCGCCAUCCAUUUUGGAGAAAAUUUAAGACUUUUAAGUGAGCCUUAUUGUCGUGAAAAUACGCCAUGAGUAAUUAAUGCAAAGCACUGUCUGAAUAGCAAUAUUCAGACAGUGCUUUGGCAUGAGCACAAAACAGCAAAUAGGUGAGAUUUUGCAGCAAAUAACAUUGGAUAAGUCAUUAGUAAUUGACGCCCCCCCAAAACGUCCUAUAAUUGCCAAUAGAUACCAGAAGAUGGUGAUGGGUUACCCCCAAAACAAUCAGUAAAUAGGUGGGAGAACACUGUAUAUCAGUUGUAGCACAUACAUCCAGUAUGUUAAGCAUUUCUAUAUUUAAUUUAGUUCAUAUAUAUAUAUAUAAGAAAAUUAUGCUAUAGUGUGAGUCUUGAUUUGGUGUAUGCAUGUACAUUGUCAUAUAGUUCACUUGUGUCACAUUUAAAUCCCAAGAUACAUCAAUUUCUAAUUAGAUGCUAAGGCAUAUCGUAACCUGGAAGUCAAUGACCUAUAGAUGACUCCUGAGGUCAAACUGAAAAGCAUACAUCUUAAAUCAAAGUUUGUCAUUGAGCAAAUCCUGAAAGUUUCAUGCUUCUUUCAUUUUGUGCACAAUUCCAAUGCUUAACAGCCCCACGAAUGGCAGGAAAUACAGCACCAUCUUGAAGCCAUCCCACCCACCUCCCACGUUAACUUUAUAGAACAACUUUCUGAACCAACGAUGUAGUUUUAUCAAAUGUAAAUUUAAAUCGAAUUCUCAAAGCUUCUAUAAAAAAAAUCUAACUCUCCUGACAUUGCCCAUUUUAAACAGUCUAUAUAAAUUAUGCUAAAACUCACUGAACACAUCUAAAUGUUGGAUGACAAAUAUUUUCAUUGCUUUUAAUCUAACCUUUAGUUCAAAGCAAACAUGGCAAAGCAGUAUUUACCUGUUAUACUGCACACAAAUGGAAUAAGCUGCCAACUGAAGUGAAGUCAGCCUCAAGUGGGAAUGUUUUUAAAUCUAGGUCUUCUUUUUUCUCAUGCUUUCAAUUGAGCUCUUUUAAAGCACUGUAAAUUAGUAUUUUGUAAUCUCCUUUUUGCACUGUGCGUUCUUUUCGUAAUUUUAAUAAGCGCCCCGUACUUUAAUUGUUCUUUGCUUUUAAAUGAUUUUGUUGGACUUUUAAUCAUGUAAAGCACAUGGAGUUACCGCGUCUAUGAAAUGCGGUAUAUAAAUAAAGCUUCCUUAACCUGCCUCUAUGGUAAAUCCAAGAUUGUGAUGGGAAUAUAAAACAGAAAUAGUGUAAAAUAUGCGCGACCAAAUUACUACCACAUUAGCUACUUUUUAGGUAUGUACUUUUGAUAUUUCCGCCACACGCGUUUGGCUCACACAUACCAGAUCUCGAUGAAUCAAAAUGUCCCAUGAAAACUAAUUUGUUGAUAAAAUCAUGUCGGCGCAAUCCAGGGAUGCUCAAAUCAUUAAUCCACUGGUUUUAGAAUCAUGUAAAAUUAAAUUGAACUCAUUUUUUUGCAUAAAAUUAACAACCUGGUACAUCUUCCAAUUAGUCCACAUUUUUCUUCUCAUAAAGCAGUAGAACAUCAUCUCCCAAUACUUUCACUGCCAGUCCUCCAUGUUAACAUGGAUAUUUGAAUUCAACAGCCGUCAAUGGCAAUGGAAUUAAAGCUGCAAAUUGUUACAUUUGGGAAUAGCUGCCAACUGCCAUUAGGAUGAAGGAGCAAAAUGUAAAUAUAAAGACAACAAAGAUUGCUGCAAAGAUAUAGCUAUUUGUUUUUAUUUUGUCUUGCUCUGAAUAGUAAACAAUAAUUACAAUAAAGAACCCAGUGAAAUAGAGACACAAUUUUCAAAGUGGAAGAACUUAGCAACAAUCAAAUGAACACUUUUGGGGGCAUACUUCACAAAACAGAAGCAGACAAGACUACACCAAGUAGUUCAUUUAUUUACAGCUUCUAGUUUGUGGAACAUGGCCCAAUUGUCAAGGUAACCACGAAUGAAAAGUGCAUCAGAAAAAAAGCUUGGUCCUUCAAAUGACUUUAUCCUUCAAGUGCAACCACAAAAAACAAAGCAGGUUCACUUUAGAACACAACAGAAAAGCCAAUCACUUCAAAA